GCGCUCAUAUUCACCACGAAAAUUGUCAAAGUUUCAUUUUCGAUCAAAAUAUUAAGUAAACUUGGCGCGUAAUUUAAAAGAAUUUAAUUGCAAUGCCUUAUUACGCUGUUGCUAAAGGACGAAAGGAGGGAGUGUACACCACCUGGUCAGAGUGUGAGCAGCAAGUGAAAAAAUUUAGUGGUGCAGUUUUCAAAAAAUUUCCCACGCUCUGCAAAGCAACCGAUUUUCUCAUAAAACAUCAAGCAAAUAUUAUCCGCAAUGAUCUCGAAAAUGAGUAUUCUGGAAAUGUCCUUCAACAGCUUAAUGGUCUGCAAACUACUUUAGCAAGGGCUGUUAAGCAGGAAAAGCCUGAAGUAUCAAAAACUGUAAAAGAACCAUUAUCAACAAGUUUGUUGAUUAAUGAUAAUGAUGCCGAUAAGGAUUUAUUAAGAGUCCUACGAGAAUUGGAGGAAGGUGUGGAAAAUACAAAGGUCAUUAAAAUCGAUCAUUACGUUUUUAAUGCAAACCAAGACGAUUAUAUUAAUGUGUACAUUGGAGGGCAUGCUGAAAAUGUGGGUAGUUGGAAUUGUAUGGCGGGUUAUGGUAUAUAUUUUGGAAAAAAUCAUGCCCUCAAUGUUGCUGAAGCGGCAACGGGUCGCAUGACGCGAAAUGUUGGUGACAUUGAAGCGGCUAUUGAAGCUAUUGAAAUCGCUAUACGGGUUGGUAUAGCCAAGUUGUGUGUGCACACUAAGUCCGAGUUCCUACUAAAUGCUGUAGGCUUUUGGAUGAAUUCUUGGAAACGCAAUGACUGGCGUAAUAAGCAUGGUAAAGUUGUGCAAAAUCGAAAACAAUUCGAAAAAUUAUACGCUCUUCUCAAUGAUAGCAAUAUAAUUGUUAAAUUGGUUGAUGCUCGUAAUGAAUUGUGUACUUCAAAUUGGAGGCAAGUGAAAAAACUAGCAGAAAUGGGAACAGAAGAUUAUCUUGACCAACAUCCCAAUAAAGAAGAACAUUUAUCGAUGGAAUCUUUCGACGACUUUGACUAUUAACUUUUAUUCACAUAUUUUUAUUAUAUUAUUUUAUGCACAUAAUUUUACUUUUGUUUUUUCUUUUUUACUAAGAGCAGUUGUUUUGCAAAUAUUUGCCUAAGAAAUUCGCAAUAUUUGAAUAUUUCCGCGUCUGUUUCACGAUAUUUGCAUAUUUCUCAAAUAUUUGGUAUGUAAAUGUUUUUUUUAAGCAACUGUUUCAUCAGAAUAAAAACCGUACCUUUCUAAAAGAUAAACAA